UCCAUUUCAUUUCCCACAAGCAAACUCCUUUCGCAUUUCAAGAAAGAAGAGGAAAAACAGGAUUGUAUCUUCAUCUAAACACAGAAACUAUCACGAAAAGGGGGCUACAGAUUCUUAUUCUGAGAAGAAAGAGAACUCGAUUCGACUAUGGCGUACGAGGAAGUUAACGGUCUUAACCUCAAGGACACGGAGCUGAGACUGGGAUUGCCCGGCACAGACGAAAACAGAGAGCGAGACGUUUCUUGCUUCACAAGCAACAAGAGACAGUUUCAGAGCAAAGACGAUCAAGAUCAAAACCAAGAAUCUGCACCUCCUACGAAAACCCAGAUCGUGGGUUGGCCGCCGGUGAGAUCUUACCGGAAGAACAACGUUCAGGUGAGGAAGAACGAGGAGAUUCAUGCCGGGAUCUACGUGAAAGUGAGCAUGGACGGUGCUCCUUACCUUCGAAAGAUCGAUCUCAAGAUGUACAAAAACUAUCCUGAUCUCCUCGCCGCCUUGGAGGACAUGUUCAAGUUCACCAUUGGUGAGUAUUCCGAAAGAGAAGGAUACAAAGGAUCUGGUUUCGUACCGACCUACGAAGACAAAGAUGGAGACUGGAUGCUUGUUGGAGAUGUCCCAUGGGACAUGUUCUCUUCGUCUUGUAAGAGACUGAGAAUUAUGAAAGGAUCUGAAGCAAGAGGACUAGGCCGCGGUCUCUGAGAUUCUUGCAAGAAACAUUUCACACGAACAAUGAUGAUGAAGAAGAAGAAGAACACAUUCAAGUUCAAGCUCAGGCCAACAGAUUCGUUUCUCAGUCCAAAGAGAACUCUUUCAAAGCCCUUGGAGUGGAUCUGUCGGAGAAAUGAUAGUGACCCUUUUGAUCGUGAUCGGCGAUGGCCGGAAAUUUCAUGUUCCGGCCGACGAGAUGGUUCUGAUUGUUCUCUUCUAUUAGCCCUUUUUUUCAGGAAUUUUCAAGAGUUUUUGUAAAAAAAAAGAAGAUUAUGUAUAAUAUUACAGACAGAUAUUGUAAAUGUAUACUUCAAAAACCUGUUUCUGUAAGAUCAGUUUUUCAUGUUCUUUGGCGAAUACAGAACCAUCAUACACAA